AUGCCGGAGUUGAGGGGCAUGCUCCGGGUGGUGACCGGGAUGGAUGACCUGAGCCAGGCGGAGCUCCCGUGGAAAGAGAUGGUGCUCUGCGCCAAUCCUGACCAGGUGGCAAUUCAGGCGAAGCUGCCGGAGUUCGACGCCCAGGGGUUGGUCGACCUGCCGAGGCGUUGGAGUCCCGAGACCAUCGAGACCCCCGGGGUGGACGAGGCGGCCGGCGAGGAGGCCGCAAGCGGUCCGGCGCAGACGGGUGGCCCAGGUGCUACAAGAGGCGAGCCGCAGGCUAGCAGUAGGGCUGCUGUGGGCAGCAGCCGCCGCACCGGAGGAGGAGGCACUGUCGGCAGCGAGGCGGCGACGGCGCCGGAGGACCGGGGGAAGUGCCCCCGCCUCUUUAUUCCUGUGCCGGAGUCCCCACCGUCGCCAUUGCCAAGCGAGGGGGGAAGCCGCGACGGCCAGUCGUCCAGCGUGGGGCCAUCGGCGGUGGCGGCAUCUGCGGUUCUGGAACCGCACUUUGGUUUGCUUGGGCCCGAUUCGGCGCCCGGAGACCACACGGUGGCCCCGCCGCCUACGGGCGCCACCGAGAGCCAGGGGCGGCCGGAGGCGCCGAGGCUGGCGCCAGCCCUCGAGCCGAGCGCGCCUAAGCCGAGUGCACCUGCGGAGCCAGGGAUGGUAAGCGCGGCGGCGGAGCCAGGGCCGACGGACGCGGCGGCCGAGACAAAGACGCAGCCGCCGCCCGAGCGUUCAGCGCCGUCCGACCCCGCCCCGAGCGCACCGAGCUUGGGGCGGGUGACCGCGUGGUAG